UCAGUUGUGGCUGCUGGAGGUUGGUAAGAUGCAGAGGGUGUAAGGGGCACUCAGCUGGCUUCCAAGGGGGUGGAGGAAGCACUUCCGCCUCGUUUUCCUGUGGUCACAAUGUCGGAGCAGUAAAGAGAGGAGGUAAAGAAAUGGGCCUGAGAAAUCUGGGUGGGUGUCUCUCCACCACCUCCACCUCCAACACUUCAUCUUCUAACAGCACUGCUUCUGAUUGCCGAGCGAGCCUGUUCAAACCUCUCCGCUGUGCCUCCUGCUCUGGUGAGGCCGGAAACUUUGAGAGUCCCGCUAUUCUUCGCAAAAAACUUGUAGGAGGAUGCCUUCCCUGCACCCCGCUGUCCUCUUCUGCGCCUUUGCGAGCGAUACAGAGCUGUGUCACAGGCUGCAACCCCAAAGCCUCUCAAACAGGCAGUUCAACCUGCAGCUACUGCAGCAGCGACCCCAUUGUGGUGACAUACAACCCUCGCCGAGGCAAACCCCCAGGAAGAAGCAUCCCAGCAGCUCAUCCGAUGUCUUUGUACCAAGCUGAUGAUGACGACUACAGCGUGCGCACCAUCUGGCCUGAAGAACUGGCCAAGAAGAUGACCCACUCUAAAACCCAAAAGAAUCACUGUGCUGGGAUAGGCAUAGGAGUCGCAAAAACCUGUACAAGUCAGGCCCAAAAUGGCAGUAAUGGAACAGGGCUUGUUCUUCUGGACUGUCAAAACCUCCAGGAAUACGCACAGACUCAGCUCACAGACCAUGCUGGACGAAGGCGGCUUCAGCAGGGCAAAAUGGCAGCCCUUGAUUUUAUGGGCUGCAGGUCAGGACCCGAGUAUGAUGACGGUCGGAGCUCGCUGAAGAGGCUUUUGAAUAAAGCUGAGGAUGUAGGGAUGAGUGAUGGUCCGGACCAUGACGAAGAUGCAGCAUAUCCCUCCUCCCCGUCUCCCCGCUCUGCCUCCCCACCAUCACCUGUGUCCUUUUCCCCUCCACCGUCUGCCCCUAGCACACUAAUCAAACCCAAGCCCUGGCAGAGAGACAGGGAGGGAGGACACACUCUGCCAUCGGCUCAGUCACUUCACCUGGCCCUGAACUCCCUGAACAGAGAGCAAGAUGAGGAGAACAACAGAAUGCGCCUCUCUCUGCCGCUCUCCUCUUCCUUGCCGGCUUCUCUGUCCGAUGAGACUGUGAUGACUCCUGAUGCGGAGAAUGCUGUGGUCAGUCCGAUCCUGCCCUUCCUGUAUCUGGGGAAUGAGAGAGAUGCUCAGGACCUGGAGCUGCUCCUACGCCUCAACAUCGGCUACGUGGUCAACGUGACCACACACCUGCCUCUCUACCACGUCAACUCUGGACUGCGCUACAAAAGGAUCCCAGCCACCGACAACAGCAAGCAAAACCUUCGCCAGUACUUUGAGGAGGUUUUUGAGUUCAUUGAGGAGGCAUAUCAGAGUGGACAGGGAGUGCUGGUACACUGCCAGGCAGGCGUGUCCCGUUCUGCAACCAUUGUCAUUGCCUACCUUAUGAAGCACACCCUCAUGACAAUGACAGAUGCCUACAAAUACGUGCGGAGCCGGCGUCCUGUGGUGUCGCCCAAUCUAAACUUCAUGGGCCAGCUUUUGGAGUUCGAGAGGGACCUCAACUCUGGGGUGACUCCUCGCAUCUUGAUGCCUAAACUUAGCGGUGUGGAAACCCAGGUGUGAGAAGGGGUCAGGAGUGUAUAGAGCACAGGUGAAGACGAGAGCAGGCCUGAAGUGGCAUUAAUGAGCAUGAAGGAACCAGUGCAUCACACACAGCAGAGAUAAGAGUAAUAUUACAGAUAUUGUGUUACUCCCGGUACCAAAUAUUGAAUUGAAGGAUACUGAUCCGUGACGAUGAUGAGAUAACUCAAGAAAAAUUAGACCACCCCUUUCCUAAUGGGGGUAAGAACUCUUCAGGUUUGCCUAUCAGAGUAAUGCUGUGCUGAUUCGCUGUCCUCCCUCCUCCAGAGACCCAGAAACUCAUGUUAUCGAACCUGUGAUGCUCCUCUGUCGCCCCCUCCCUUUUCAUAAUGGAUUGUUACUCUUAAGCAAAUGUAAUAUUUUCAUAUUGUAAUAACUGGUCCUCGUAUUUAGACAACAUUUUUACCUUCAUGUACCGACUAUACUCUUCAUAAUUCUUUGAGGUGCACUGUGACAAAUACAAUGCUGCUAUAUCACAAAGACUAUUAUUCUGCACGUCGCAUUUAGCCUCUGCCAAACGCUAAAGGUGACGGAUACAAAGUGGGCUUGAAUACAGAGGCCCUGCUUCCAUUGUUUGAAUUCAAUCCAGGCUUCUUUGUGCUGCCUCGGUGCGGUGUGUUAAUCUCAAAGCAAGUUUGUGCACAAUCGUAGACUCUGUAGCUGUCCUGUUGGUCUUCCUUUGCAAGCAUGACUGGAUGGAAAGAGAGAGUAAAAUGUAGCAGUUUCUAAAAGCUCAUCUCUUUGCUCACAGUGGUUAAUAAGGCUGCAAUGUUUUUUCUGCAACAGAGAUUUUGUCUUGGCUCUCUGAUAGACUUGUGAUUAAAUUUAGUCCAAACACAAUCAUUGGUGAGUUUUUAGCAGGAGCUCCUACAGCCACUAAAUUCAGUGGUUCCAACUUUUGGCACCGGCAAUUUUGUGAUGCCAUGGUUGUGACAGGAACUUUGGCACAAGUACUUUUUCCAUUUGAAGAUUGAAGGGAAGGUGGUAGUGUGGAGGUUAGCACUGCUGCCUCACAGCAAGAAGGGCUUGGGUUCAAAUCCACCAUCUGGAUGGGGCCUUUCGGUCUGUGUGGGUUUUUUUCUGUGCUUCCUCCCCCAGUCCAAAGAUGGAUAAAAAGAAUAGUUGAUAAUUAUUAGUUAUCAGAAUAACUACUGAAUGAAUUGUCAUGAAGCAGAUGAUGAAUUAAAAUUGUCAUUCCUGUGAGCUCCAGCUGUGCAUAAACUACAAUGUUAAACAGGCUAAACUUGAGUAACAGUGAUUAGCACGGUGACACUUUUUCCACAGACACAUGUUAGUCCUGGAGCUGAGUCUAGACCUGAUAUCUGUAGCAAAUAUGCCCGGCCCAAAGUUGGACUGCUGAUGUCAGUGGCUAUGAGAGGGGGUAAAUACAAGAAAUGUACCAAUGAUCUGCAGAUGCAGCCAAGAAAUGCCAUCACCCGCCACGGGUUUCUUCAAAUGGAAAAUAACAAAAGUCAUCAACGUAAGACUUUGUAACAUUUUAUUUUCACACCUCCGAAAAUGUGGGGUAGUUCUCAAAAAGCAGAAAUUGCUCUGCACAAGCACUGGCUUCAUUACAGCUUCAGUGGAAACAAGGUAGUUGAUAAACAGCAGUGCACUUAUGCUGCAGUGCUGUUUUAGGCAUACAAAGAACUCCUUAAAAAUGUUUCUAAAAACCUGCAUUACAGAGAUGUGGUAUGUUUCUGUAACCUGCCAGAAUCUGUGCUGAUUUUAGCUCCAUGAGGUUAAGAACAAGUUGCCCAAAGUGAUUUUUUUUUUUUUUUUUUUUUGGGUUUAGAACUGGUUUCAACUGCAUCUAUAACACAAUUUUAGGCCAGUGACAUCAAGUCAUUUUGAAAAAGAAUUGGAUAACAAAUUGCCUAAAGAAAAAGGUUCCUUGAGCUGGAGAAAGACUCAUUAACUGACUUUUGCAUUCGGUGUGUUUUCUUGUGAGGUAAACUGCCUGAAGCUUACAAAAAAAUAUGUUUGAACCUGGUUUCAUUUGUGUCCUUAUACAACUAAAUAUAUUCUUAGCAUCAAUAUGCUUUGGGUCUGAGAAUAUUGAAUAGAACUCAGAAAUAGUCCAAAAACAUACAGCUAAAAAUAAUAGUGUAGCACAAAAUAAUAUGCAAAAAGUCAAGUGGCGUGAAAUAUUCUUCAGAGAAUCUGUAACUAGCAGAUCUGCCAGUGUCAGCGUUCUGAUAUAUAUCUUUGAUAUACACGGGCCUUCAUUGAGACUUCCAGGACUUCCCAGACAAGAAAGAAGUUUGGAAGCUUAAGGUUUUGAAAUGUAAAUGAUAAGAAAAGUGAUGUGUGAUCAAAUUCUUAUCCAGGCAGGAGACUUGUGCAACACAAAAGCACACUAGCUGCAGAUAAAGUACUUCAUGGAUGUGUGGACAGUGGCUGCUAACAAACUCAUUCAUUCAUGUUCUCUCUCUUCCAUUUCUUACAUGUUUGAUUAGCAGCAGCUCUGAUUACGCUGGUUCCUGUGUUGGUGACAUGACUGAAGAUUUCCCAUCAAGUGAUUUAAUUGCUGUCUUGUCUCUCUUUUGUUGGUUAUAGCUGAAUAUGAUAAUGUUACCAUAAUAGCAUCCUAAAGUGUGUGGUACAAAACCUGAUGGCUGGAAGUGAAGUUGUUCUCCAUGUUUAUUUCUAGUAACCACACUGGAUGGCUCUUUUAAUAAAGAAAAUCUGAGAAAUGA